CGACUUGUCAUUCACGCUCACACCGGAAGUUUUCGAACUGAACAAACGAUACCUCGAGUUUGACCAGGCCGGGUACACUUUGGAGAUUUAAACUGAAUAUAACAUCCACAAAGGCGCCAUGAAUCCAUUAACCAACAUUAGGAAUACGCAGAAGAUGAAUGAGCGCGAGUUGGAGCUGGGACUGAUAGGGAAGAAGUCCUGGCAUGACCAAUACAAAGACAGUGCCUGGGUGUUCAUCGGAGGCCUGCCUUACGACUUAACAGAGGGGGACGUUAUAGCUGUCUUCUCACAAUAUGGAGAGUUAGUCAAUAUAAACUUAGUUCGGGAUGGAAAAACAGGAAAGUCUCGGGGUUUCUGUUUUCUGUGUUAUGAAGAUCAAAGAAGCACAGUUCUGGCUGUAGACAAUCUGAAUGGCAUCAAGCUCCUAGGUAGAACAAUUCGGGUAGACCAUGUGGAGAAGUAUAAAGUUCCCAAGGAGCAUGGCGAUGAGGAUGAAGAGACCAUGAGGGUGAGGAUGGAGGGCAUCGCCCCGAAAAUUGAGGAAGGCAGCAGCCAUUCCGAAGAGGAGGAUGAUUAUGUUGUUCCCAUAAAAAAACACAAGAAAGAAAAAAAGGCAAAGAAGAAGAAAAAGAAAAACAAAAAGAAGGAGAAAAAGAAAUCAGCCGGUGACAGUGAUAGCUCCAGCAAGAUCUCCAGCAAGAUCUCCAGCAAGAUCUCCAACAAAAAAACGAGUCUCGGAGAUGAAGCCAUCGGCGGCAAGAGAAAACAUAGUGAAGAACAACAACAAAAUCAAAGGCAGCAGGCAGUUGUGGACAGGAGAAAAGAGGGCAUUAGAGAUUACAGAGAAGAUAGAGGAAGUAGAGAUCAUAGAGGAGAUAGAGAAAGAUCUCCUGUCAGACAGAGAGAACAUGGCCGUGAUAAAGAUUCCAGACAAUCGUCUGAUAGACAACGAGUGAGAGAUAAUAAAUUCAGGGACAGUUCUCCUAGACGGAAGGACAGGGAGUCCCCUAAGCGACGGGCUCUCUCCCCAGAGCGAGGGAGGGACAGGGACCACUCACCACCCACACGAUCCCGAGAUCUGUCACCAAAGAGAUAUAGGUCAGAGCGUUCCCCGCAACGAAGAGAUCAGUCUCCUAGAGACAGUUACAGAGAUAAUUAUAGAGACAGAGAUAGAGAUAGUUAUAGGGAUAGAGGAAGAGACAGGCGGAGGUGAUAGUGGUUAAAAAGUGAUUAUAUCACACCUAGAGACAACGACAGAGGCAGAUCGAAGUGAUGGUGAAUAGAUACCAUAAUACACAUACUAGAGAUUGAUAGAUCCAAGUGAUCAACAAACCAGAGACCAUAAUGCCAACACUUUUACAAAGUUUUUGGAGGAGGAUUUCUUUUGUUUGGUUUAGACAAACGAAUGGUGUCUUACAGGGAAAAUUGUCUAAUGAAUGUGUCUGAAAGAAUAUUUGUGCUAAGAGCGAGGUUGUGUUUGAGUGAAUUAUACAAAUGACUUUAAAUGUACUUCAUUAAAUGUAGAAAUGGAAGUAAAGGUAUAUACAUAAAAAUGGAUCUUAUUUUUGAUGGGGAAUUUGAAUAUUGAUUUGGAAUACCAUUAAGGGACGGAAAUAAGUGAAGAAACUAAUUAAUGUACAUGUAUGUGUAAAAUAGA